GGGUGUUUUCAACAAGUCGCUAAACCUUGACUGUCAGAAAUACGCUUGGGGGAACAUAUGCUCCACCAGGAGGUUGUCCAGGUCCCGCAUCUACGGAGUAGUCCCAGGCUUCAGAGAACACUGAAUCCUCAGACGUUUCUUCCCGACUCAAGGAGCGACAGGCAUUUCUGACAAGUCAGCAGCGAUUGUCUACCGCGAUUCGACAUGACAUCUCAUAAGACAGCGAAUAAAAGACGGGAAAUGUUCAAGAGCAAGGGUAGCAACUGGAAAGAUGUCGUUCGAGCUCAAAAACUGCGCCGUUUAGAGGCAGCCCGCUCGAACAGAAUCGACAAAGCAAGGAAAUCGGUGAUGCAGAAUAUUCAGCUCGAAGAAGAUCUACAAUUAGAGCAAGAUCUGCUGGGGGAAGAGCUCGAGCAAGAGUACAACCACCUCUUCAAUGAGCCGGACGAAGUUGAGUGCCCGUGUCCGAUAUGCGGCCAGGAGCUCGGGUCGAUUGACGAAGUUCGGCCCGUCGAAUGCAAGACUUGUGAUUUCUACACGCGAGUGGGAUGGGAUGAGUUUCAACAAUUCAUGGGGAAAGCCCAUAGGCAACAUUUGGAUCGAGGUUGUGCCCAUCAAGCUGAAAUCAUCUCUCUGGACGGGGAUUUGUUCAUUGCUUGUGAAAUCUGUGAUCACCUGGAAGCCGUCUUAUGAUGCAGUCGCUUUUGAGACUCUUUGUGCCCAUGUCGAAUGUGAUAACAUUUUAGGAAGAUUUUACACAAUAAGGAGCUGUUCCUUCGUAUCGAUAUUCUUGACUCAGACAAUAAAAACUUGGUCCAUGGUAAA